AUGACCCAAAUACUAAAAGGCCUCAAAAAUGAGGUGAAAAACGGAAUUGUUGAUGAAGUGAAAUCCAACAUGGAAAAAGAGCCCUUAAAUUCACUAGUGGACUUCAUUAUCCUCUCACAUAUUGAGGAUAAAAACCAACUUGAUGAUCUCCUGGAGGACAAGAACAAAAAGAGCAAACUGCUGAGUACUUUCAAAACGUUAAGCAAAGCCGCAGCACAGACGUUCUAUGCAGACCUCGGUUGGCAGAACAAGGUGAACUCAUCAUUAGCCAGUGUGAUUGAUGAAGCUAGAGCAGAAGCCAAAGGAAAAGUUCGAGGAAUUCUGAUUCUUAUCCAAACUGCCCACGUCGCGGCUCUGGCAGAAGACGCCAUCAGUGCAAUGCUCUCAAUGUCCGGCAAGUUUUUCUCAAACCUUCAAGAAGAGUUGGAAACAUUUAAAAAAUCCAAAGAUUCUGCAGAAAAAGUGAAGGUAAAUGAGCUGUCCGCUUCAGAUGUUGAGAUGCUGGAAGAAUUCAAGCAAGAUGUAGAGGAAGCCAUCAGCGCUCAGUUGGCUGAUGCUUUUGUGGAAGUGUUCCACCAGAAGUUCUCGAGUCACGUCGUUUCUCAUGUUCAGAACCAGGUCAACGGUGUCAUUGGGAAUUAUGUCAGAACUGGCUUAAAAAGUGACAGCACAGAUGAGAAACUCCUAGCUGGACAGAAUAACAGUUACAUCUCAUACAUGCCAGUAAACACCAGUGCUCAGCAGAAAGGGGCGAGUAAACGCUCACAGUUUCGUGCCGAGAAGAUCAAGGAUCCCAAGACUGCCGGCACCAUUCUUGAUAUCAGAGUCCUGGCAGAAGCCAAUGGCACCAAGGUUGUCAUCCUAACAGAAGAUAGUCGUGGCAAACUAACCAAACUGCAGGAGCUGAGCCCAAGCACUAAACCCACCAGUCAAACUGUGACGCUGGUCUACAGACCGAAGAGCGACCAACACCCUGACGGCCAUUAUGAUGUGCGCAUCAAUAACGAGACAGUGAAAAUAGAUAGCAAGGGCGAGAGCAGCCUGUUUCCUGCUUUGGCACGAGGCAUGAAACCCAAGGCCAGCGAAUCAGAGGUUCGUUCGGAAGCAGACCGCCUGCGAUCAGUGGAGGCCGACACUCUCCUCAAACACCCCGGUCAAUGGGACUCUUUCAUCAAGCGUGAAGAGAUGACUGGAUCAGUCAGUGGACAGGACUGGUUUUCAACAGCGGGAGCCGCAUCAAAGGUAAAAGAAAGCAAAAUGGCUAUUCAGAACGAGGCUGGGAAAGUACAAAUGUACAAAAAAUGGCAAAAAUCUGCCAAGCAAAAUCCAGAAGUAGGAAAGUUCAUCAAAGCCGAUCACCAACCUCCAGUCAAAAGUAUGUUGGAAGCUCGAAAGUUAACCCAGGAGAGCAAAUUAGCUAAAGCUAUGCUUGAUGUGGGAACAAAGACGUCUCCUCUGACUGCCAGUCUGACCAAGCAUCAAGAGCUUUCAUCUGUUUACGCAUCUCGGAAGACACGUUUUGAGCUUCCUAAUACUAAAUUAAAAGCCUUCGCAACCCGUAUAGCCACCGCCAUAAGCAAGGAUGAUGUCGUGGGCGCCUUCAAGCUGACGAUCCUCGGCGCCACAAAGAGAUUCACUGAGAACUUCAGUAACAGCAAGAAGAGUCUAACCAGACUCAACAUGUUUGACAGCAGUUUCCAGCAGCACUGCUUAAAUCUGGUGCAACAAUGGUUCGACCUGCUUAAAGACAAGAAUGUCAUGAUGAAAAACCAUCUCACCGAAAUAACUGCAUGGAUCAAAAACAAGGGCUACAAGAAUCGCAACGAUCCACUCAGGAAACAAGUCUCCAACCUCCUCUAAUGAAAAGGUGUUUCUGAGCAACAGCUGAUCCUCUCUGUCAUGUGACCAUCCUCCAGCCAACCAGGACAGAUCAGGAAGUGCUCGAGUGCCACAAAUCGGAUCCAACGUGGAUCGGCUUCGCACCAGCUGAGGCCGUGACGUCCUGCAGCAACAGCAGCACAAGUUUCCUGCUCCUUUGGGUGUUUUGCCUGAAAUUAUCAGCGUUCUUCUGCUACUUUUCAUCGAAAACUGUGGAUAUUUGUAAUGUUGUCCAUGAAAUUUUAGAUUCAUAUACAGAAGGCUUUCCAAAAAACCCUUUUACCCACUUUCAGCACUUUUUUUUUAAUCCCUUUACAUAUAUUUAAUAUUAGUCUGACCAACACAACUGUUCAAAAGUUUGGGAUCACUCAGACAACUUCAUGUUUUCCAUGAAAACUCACACUUUUAUCCAUGUGCUAACAUAACUGUACAAGGGUUUUCUAAUCAUCAAUGAGCCUUUCAACACCAUUAACUAACACAAUGUAGCAUUAGAACACAGGAGUGAUGGUUGCUGGAAAUGUUCCUCUGUACCCCUAUGGAGAUAUUCCAUUAAAAAUCAGCUGUUUCCAGCUACAAUAGUCAUUUACCACAUUAACAAUGUCCAUACUGGAUUUAUCAUUCAUUUAAUGUGAUCUUCAUUGGAAAAAAAACACUUUUCUGUCAAAGAUAAGGACAUUUCUAAGUGACCCCAAACUUUUAAAUGGUAUUGUACGACUAAGCAAUGUUGAUUUCUUUCAUAUUUCUACUCACUGCUUUGAUCUACUUGUCAAAUAUUCCAUAUUCUGAAUUGACAUGAUGAGAAAUAAUGGUGAAAAUUUCAGGUAUUUAUCAUCCACAGCUCCUGAGAUAUUUUCACUUAAAUGAAAAAAACCUGCUGAAAGUGGGUUAACAUGGGAAUUUAAAAAAAAAAAAAAAAAGAUAUAUCAAUCUGAAAUUUCACAGGUAUCUUUACAGUUUUGAGACCCCUUCACCAUGGGAUUACCAAAAGAGUUAAAGUUUUGAUGUUUUUAAAAAGAUUUGUGUUAUUUGCUGCAGAUUAAAGCAAAUUCCUGAAUCGUUUUAGAGACACAGUUAUUUAGGUGUAAAUGAAAAGCCAGGUUGUCGGAAGGUGUGCAUCUAUUUUACCAUCUAGUCUGAAUUGAUGCAGCUCAAAUGUCUCUCAUCUCCAUGAAAAAAUCCAAGUUUGUCUUCCUUCAAAGCUUCGACAUGGUUUAAAAAGCUGCUCUAAUGAAAGUGCACAUCGUUAAUGAUUUACUUUCACAUAAAAACGGAAGAUUUGAUGGUAAAUCCUGCUGAGUUCUUUGUUAUUUCACCUUUAUUUUCUUUUGUUUUGUUGUUGCUGUGCAGCGUUUCUGCCUCAUCAUGGUUUUAUUAUUCGUAACUGUAAGAUGCUGUUUGUACUUUAGCAGUUUGGGGUUAUUUUUUAAUCUAUAGUUCAUGUUUCAUGUUAACUUUGUGUGUUUUAGUUAAGUUUUCCUUGCGUGUGAUCAAAUGAAAUUAUAAUCUGACAGAACGAAACCCGAAAAAAUUCAAAUCUGGACUUUUAUCUAAAUGUGAAAACAUGAAUUCUUAUUUUCUUCUGCGUGUUUAGUAAGAUUCUCAGAAGAAUAAUGAUACUUAUGUUAGAGGGAGAUUGAAUUUUGCUCAUUCUUUGUUCUUUUCCAUAACAAAGGGAAUGUUUGAGUGCUAGUUUUAAGUCAAUAAUGGAAAAUUUUCGUGUUAAAUGUGACAUUUUAAUUGAAAAAAAAAACAAUACAAGGACAUUUUUAAAUGAUGGUAAUGCUUUUAAUCAGGAUGUUUAAGUUGAUUUUGGGUACAGUAACUUCUAAUAAGGUAAAUGAGGGAAAAAUUUUUUAUUGAUAUUUGGUAAAAUUAGCAAAAACAAACUCAAGUUAUAUAUCAUAAUAGUUCAUUUAACUUUUGUUUUUCUGUCAUUUAGAUGCUCGAUAUAAUAGUUAUGUGGGUGUGACUGGAUUUUACAUUUUUAAAAAAUCGCAAAAUUAUUCUCAAUUUUUUGUAACUUGGUCAACUAAUAUACAGUUAAAUUUAAAAAGUUGUAAAGUAUUUUGACCUGAAAGUUCUUUCAGAUUUUUUUAUUCACUUUUACGGCUAAAAUUGCUCAUGCUAAAUAUUUUUAAAAACACAUUUUAGCUAAUUUUAUUGCUCAUCAAUAUUCGGCUUAAGUGCAUUUUACUCAAUAUUCACAUAAAUGGAUACAGUGUUAAUAAAGAAGAAUUAAUCAGUGAAACAAUUGAAAUACAAGAAAUUGAAUGAUUUGAUGAACCUGAUUUACAUGAGAAUAAUUUAGACUUUUUUUUGACACAUUGUUUGCUUAAAUUCAAUCUGUGUUCAUGAGUCGGUGUGUUUUCUGAUGAUCAUUUUCUGUAAUCGAUGUGUUUUUGUUAAAGUGGUGGGUAUUUUUCUAUUAAAAAAAGCUGAUUUAAUCUGAAUAAA